GCUUCGACGCAGGAGGCGGGGCUGCUCAGUCCUCCAGGCGUCGGUGCUCUGCGUUGUUGGAAUCUUGUUGCUUGCUUGGCUGUGCGCGCGUGCGCCGACAUGGCCUCAAACGAUUAUACCCAACAAGCAACCCAAAGCUAUGGGGCCUACCCCACCCAGCCUGGGCAGGGCUAUUCCCAGCAGAGCAGUCAGCCCUACGGACAGCAGAGUUACAGCGGUUACAGCCAGUCCACGGACACUUCAGGCUAUGGCCAGAGCAGCUAUUCUUCUUACGGCCAGAGCCAGAGCACAGGCUAUGGAACUCAGUCAGCUCCCCAGGGAUAUGGCUCGACUGGCGGCUAUGGCAGUAGCCAGAGCUCCCAAUCUUCUUAUGGGCAGCAGUCCUCCUACCCUGGCUAUGGCCAGCAGCCAACUCCCAGCAGCACCUCGGGAAGUUACGGUAGCAGUUCUCAGACCAGCAGCUAUGGGCAGCCGCCGAGUGGGGGCUACGGCCAGCAGCCUAGCUAUGGUGGACAGCAGCAAAGCUAUGGACAGCAGCAAAGCUAUAAUCCCCCUCAGGGUUAUGGACAGCAGAAUCAGUACAACAGCAGCAGCAGUGGUAGUGGAGGUGGAGGUAGCUAUGGCCAAGAUCAAUCCUCCAUGAGUGGUAGUGGUGGUGGCGGCGGCGGUGGCGGCGGCGGCGGCAGUGGUGGUGGUGGUGGUUAUGGCAAUCAAGACCAGAGUGGUGGAGGCGGCGGUGGCUACGGACAGCAGGACCGUGGAGGCCGUGGCAGGGGCGGCAGCAGUGGUGGCGGCGGCGGUGGUGGUGGUUACAACCGCAGCAGUGGUGGCUAUGAACCCAGAGGUCGCGGAGGUGGCCGUGGAGGCAGAGGUGGCAUGGGCGGAAGUGACCGUGGUGGCUUCAAUAAAUUUGGUGGCCCUCGGGACCAAGGAUCACGUCAUGACUCCGAACAGGAUAAUUCAGACAACAACACCAUCUUUGUGCAAGGCCUGGGUGAGAAUGUUACAAUUGAGUCUGUGGCUGAUUACUUCAAGCAGAUUGGUAUUAUUAAGACAAACAAGAAAACGGGACAGCCCAUGAUUAAUUUGUACACAGACAGGGAGACUGGCAAGCUGAAGGGAGAGGCAACGGUCUCUUUUGAUGACCCACCUUCCGCUAAAGCAGCUAUUGACUGGUUUGAUGGUAAAGAAUUCUCCGGAAAUCCUAUCAAGGUCUCAUUUGCUACUCGCCGGGCAGACUUUAAUCGGGGUGGUGGCAAUGGUCGUGGAGGCCGAGGGCGAGGAGGACCCAUGGGCCGUGGAGGCUAUGGAGGUGGUGGCAGUGGUGGUGGUGGCCGGGGAGGAUUUCCCAGUGGAGGUGGUGGCGGUGGAGGACAGCAGCGAGCUGGUGACUGGAAGUGUCCUAAUCCCACCUGUGAGAAUAUGAACUUCUCUUGGAGGAAUGAAUGCAACCAGUGUAAGGCCCCUAAACCAGAUGGCCCAGGAGGGGGACCCGGUGGCUCUCACAUGGGGGGAAACUACGGGGAUGAUCGUCGUGGUGGCAGAGGAGGCUAUGAUCGAGGCGGCUACCGGGGCCGCGGAGGGGACCGUGGAGGCUUCCGAGGGGGCCGGGGUGGUGGGGACAGAGGCGGCUUUGGCCCUGGCAAGAUGGAUUCCAGGGGUGAGCACAGACAGGAUCGCAGGGAGAGGCCGUAUUAAUUAGCCUGGCUUCCCAGAUUCUGGAACAGCUUUUUGUCCUGUACCCAGUGUUACCCUCGUUAUUUUGUAACCUUCCAAUUCCUGAUCACCCAAGGGUUUUUUUUGUGUCGGACUAUGUAAUUGUAACUAUACCUCUGGUUCCCAUUAAAAAUGACCAUUUUAGUUAAA